AUGACUUUCAGCAUUUCUGAGGCUAGAUCUCGCUUUCCUGCUCUGAACCAGGAACAGGUCUUCCUCGACAAUGCCGGAGGCAGCCAGGCUUUGGACUCGGUCAUUGAAUCUAUUUCGACCUACCUCUCGAGCACCAACGUUCAAUUAGGCGCCACCUACACAAUAGCCAAAGCGUCAACUGCCGCCUACGGUCACGGCUACGAAGCAGCAGCUAAGUUCAUCAACGCAAAGCCUGAGGAGAUCUGCCUGGGAGUUUCGACCACGCAGCUCCUUCACAAUCUAUCAACCGCCCUUGACUUUCAGCCCGGAGACGAACUUAUUAUCUCGAAACUUAACCACGAAGCCAAUUCCGCUGCUUGGGAUAGAAUCGCCACACGCCUGGGGCUGACAGUGAAAUGGUGGUCGGCUUCCGACCGUCAGAAUCCCAUCUGUGACCCUGAGGAGCUGAAAGCGUUGCUCUCCAACAAGACAAGGCUCGUGGCGUUUCCACACGCCUCGAACAUCACCGGCACCAUCAGCGACGUCAAGCAGAUCACCACAUUAGUGCAUCAGUAUCCCCGAGCCCUAGUGUGCGUCGACGGUGUCGCACUCGCCCCACACCGACAAGUUGAUGUUAAAGACCUUGACGUUGACUUUUACGCUUUCUCGUGGUACAAAGUCUACGGUCCUCAUAUGGCCCAACUCUACGCUGCAUCGCGGAUCCAUGACCAGAUCAGCCCUCUGUGCCACUAUUUCAAGUCCACACAAACACUCGAUCUAAAGCUCAAUCUCGCCUCGGCAAAUUACGAGCUGACGCAAAGCAUCCCUCGCGUUCUCGAGUACUUCGGUUCUGAUUUCUCUGCAGCGUGGGAUCAGAUCGCUACCUUUGAGGAGAAGCUACAGAAGAUCCUUUUGGACUAUCUGAACGAAGAGGGACGUAUCACAAUCUAUGGAGAACCGUCAGCAAGCAAGGAGCUUCGGGUUCCUGUCAUCAGUUUUGUGGUGAGGGGGAUCAAGAGUCAGGCUUUUGUGGAGGAGGUUGAGAAGCGAUCGCCGUUUGGCUUCCGAAGUGGGCAUAUGUAUAGUCACCGUCUGGUCAAGGAUAUCAUUGGCUUGGAUGACAUCGAGGAUGGUGUCGUGCGGAUCAGUAUGCUGCACUAUAAUACGGAGGACGAAAUUAAUUCGCUUGUGAAGGUGUUGCGGGAAGUCGUUGCCGCGAAAUAA